AUUUAAAUCUUUAAAAUCGGCCAAUAUGUUGAUGUUAAACUUGGCUAUUGGUGAUUUCAUUUUACUAGCAAACACGAUUCUGGUUGUAUAUAACAGUUAUUACGAAGGUCCAGCGCUUGGAAAUUUAGGUUGUCAAAUUGAUGGAUUUAUUGGUACCCUUGCCAGAACUGUAUCCACUAUGACAUCAACUGCCAUAUCGUUGGAUCGAUAUAAUCCUAUAAUACAUCCUUUGAAAUCACUAGGCAAACAAACCAAACACAAAGCCAGGAUCUGGAUUGGCCUGAUAUGGAUAUGUGGAUUAUUUUUUUCAAUCAUACCGUUGUUUGAUUUUGAUUAUGGAUUCGCGCCGACGGGUUUUUUAUUAACUUGCACAUUUGACUUUUUGUCAGAUGAUAUUAUAAAUAAAUGCAUUAUUAUUAUAUUCUAUAUUAUAAGUGCUUGGAUAUUACCAACAAUCACGGUAUUAUACUGCUAUAUUAGGAUGUCAAUAUCUGUUUACACUAAUUCUGAAGCAACCAAUAGUAGAAUUGGACAAACUUCAACAAAGAAGAGGAACAAAAUAAUUUUUGGAAUCAUGACAACGAGGUUUUCACUUACCUAUGACUCGACACUUAUGGCUCGUUGCCGUGUCUGCAAUCCACCGCAGGUGGAUUGCCUACCAGAUUUGCUGUGGCAAAUUGUCCGCGAUCCGUAG